AUGGAGAUGAUCAGUGCUGAGUCAAUUGACUUUCAUCACCAUUUACCACCAUAUAGAUCACUAUUGAACCCCAAUGCAAGAUAUGACUACAGGUCUCACCAAUUGGUUCCACUAACCCAAAACGAUUUGAAUUUACUACAAUCUGUGUUUCGUAACAACAGGAUGACCAAUACUAUGAAUAAUAAUAAUACUACUACUACUACGACGACUAACAACAACCAAUACAAGAAUAAGAACAAAAAUACCAUCUUUACCAGAAAUAAUAGGCGAAGAAAUGAAUCAAAAAACACUAACCUGAAAAGUCAGACAGAGGAACACUCUACUUCUAAUGAACAUUUGAAAAUGAAAUAUAGGUCUUUGCUCAACGAUGUUGGUCGAAGUCUUACCCUCAAAUUGAGUAACAACAACCUUCUUGGAAAUGUUAACCAAACAACUUCUUCAUCUUCAGCUUCAGCAUCAUCCUCCUCCUCCUCAUCCUCAUCAUCAGGGUCGUUAUUAAAUUCCUCCACACCUCUGGGUGCAGGCGGAUACGGGGCACAACAACAGGGACAAGGGCAAGUUGAAUCCAUAUCGAGGUCAAGCACCAUAUUUGCCAACCAUUUUCUUUCUAAAUCUUCAACUUUAAAAUCUAUACAAAUCCCACAUCGAGCUCCAAAAAUCAAGCAUGUUACCGAGUUGCCAAUUGAAAUCUUAAACUACAUCUUUCAGUUUAUCGACAACAAGGAAGAUUACAAAUGUUGUUUGCUCACUUGUAAGCUAUUUUACCAGCUAGCCAAACCUUACUACUACGCAAACUUGUCGUUUUCUUCGACCUUUCGACUUGCUCAGUUUGUGACAUACUUGAGAUGCAACCCAGAAGUGGGGCAAUACGUGUUGACUAUCGACUUAUCCGACAUAAAGCCGGGCCUCGAUGAGAAUGAGGAGUCUGCAAUUGGAGAAGCAGACGAGCAUAACCAUAACCAAAAUCACAACCACAAUAACAACCACAAUAACAACCACAAUAUUAACGGGGUAGGAGAAGGUGCGAAUGCAAAUGAAGCCGAAAACAUACCAAACCCUUCUUUGUCGUCUGCAUCUACCAAACCAUUUGGCCAUAACAGAGUCUUGGCUGGCUGGAGAGACUGGAAGUUUAAGAAUAAUCCUUUAUACACAGUACACCCCGCACCAUUGAUGAAGAUUGCCUCCUCGUCACAAAUUUCCGUGGUUUCGUCCAAAUCAAACUCUUCGCAUAAGUCAUCCUCGUCAUCAUCACCCAAGAGAUUAACCAAGCCCUUCAAGUAUUUCAAGGCACGCAAAAGAAGCAAGUCAUUUAGCGGAUUCAAUGAAAAGAAUUCGGGUAAAAAGACAAGGCCACGGCUCGAAGUCCUUAAGUUGCAAAUGGACGAUAUCUCUAAAUCUGCCAGAUUUGCCUCGCCGCCGCAUCCAACUAUUAACAAGUUUUUGCUCAAUUAUGCCAGCUCGAAAGAUGUGCCAGUUGGAUAUGUGGUGCACAUAAUCAACUUGUGUCCCAAUGUAGUGAGCUUGAAUCUUGGUAAUUUAUCGUUGUCCACCGACUAUGAGAUCUCGCGAAAAGUAGCAUCCAAAUUCCAAACUUUCGACUUGCUAAACAACUACCCUCGUGAUUUAGUCCACCGGAUUGACCAGUGCAUGAAUUUCCACAAUGGUGAAGCUGAUCCAAUAGGUGGAACAUCAUCAGCUAACGCCUCCACAAUCAACGGCAAAGACAAUUUGAGACAGAUUCAGGGCUUUAAAAGCUCCUUUUUCAGGUCCCGGCAAAUGAAUGUAUCCUCGGCAUCCUCCGUUUACUCCAUGACGACUUUCUCAAAGCCAAUAAGAAAAUACAAUAGCUUGUUGCCUCCGCUGCCUUCGAUGAUUGCGGACAUCUCAUAUUUGAAAAGAGGAGAUGGCAAGGUUUUCCUUUCAGAUUUGAAUUUGAAAUCAAUCAAUCAUGACUAUUUAAGGAAAGUUGAUGAGCAUGAGAUUUUGUCGGCAAUUGCAACUGUACACGGUAGGCGUGGCCGUUAUCACAAGGCUUUCCAAUCUUCGUUGGCAGGCGAAGAAGUGUUUGGUGGCUUGCUGUACUUGAAUAUGUCAUCAAUGAUCUGGCUCAAUCGUCUGAUGAUUGAAAAAUUUCUUAUCAAUUUGCUCACGUACGAAACUGCAUCAGAAGAAAGCGAUGAUCAUUUUGGACAAGGGCUUAACAGCCAGAGUUUUGACGACGACAACUACACAAGCGGGGCAGAUUCGUAUAGCAACAGCGGUAAUGGCGAAGGAAGGUAUAGCCCCACAAAAGACUCUCGUUUGAAUUUGGUGAUUGACUUUUCAGACUCUGGAAUGUACAAGAAUUUAAUAUGGGCUCAAGAGAUUGAUUUGAGAACAGAGACGGGAUGUAAAUUAGCUAAUCAAAUCAUUCGCAAUGAAUUAUUAACCCCACAAGAGGAGGAGCUUGCUAGAGAAAGGGAAAGAAGAGGAAGAAUGGGCGAGAACUACCUAGCAUGA